CGUUACUAUAGUUUACUAGGCUAGGGUAUGUUCAAGCGGGGCCCAUAGCGAGAUUAACGCAGAAUACAAUAUUCACUCUGCUCUUUAUAUGGCACCCAGCCCUAGGCUUCGUUUCGUCUCCACACGCCUUCUCUCUCUCCUUCAAUCGUCAGAUUUCGUUCGCCUCCAUGAUCGAUUCCAUCUGAUUCAUCAUCAUCCUCAAUCAAUCCCUAAUCAUUAUCCUUAUCUUCUUCCUCAUCUCUCUCUGUCUUUAUCUGCAUCUGGAAGCGUGACUCUUCGUCAUGUAUAAAACCGCAUCAUCCUCCGCUACUUCCUCCAUCCUUCGAGCUGCUUCUUCUCGCUCUCCCCUCUUCUCCUUCCGAUCUUCUUCGUCGCCGUCCUCAUUCGCCGCGUCUCCGUCGUCCCUUCUCGGCCGAAGAUCUUUUGCGACUUCUUCACCCGCUUUCCGAUCACUCCCUCGCUGGAGCCGUAGCCUUCACUCACGACCUUCUCCGUUUCCCUUCAGCUCUAAGAUCAGAACCGUUUCUCCCGUUUUAGACCGACUCCAGAGGAACUUCUCUUCCAUGGCGUCAGAGCAUCCUUUUAAGAGGAUCUUCACGACUCUUCCCAAGCCUGGUGGUGGCGAGUUCGGAAAGUACUACAGUUUGACUGCUCUAAAUGAUCCAAGGAUUGAUAAACUGCCUUACUCUAUCAGGAUCCUUCUUGAAUCUGCCAUUCGUAACUGUGACAACUUCCAAGUUACCAAGGAAGAUGUUGAGAAGAUUAUUGACUGGGAAAAGACAGCUCCUAAGCAAGUCGAGAUUCCGUUCAAGCCGGCUCGUGUUCUUCUGCAGGAUUUCACUGGAGUACCAGCUGUUGUUGACCUUGCUUGUAUGCGUGAUGCUAUGAACAAGCUGGGCAGUGAUUCCAACAAAAUCAACCCAUUGGUUCCCGUGGAUCUUGUAAUUGACCACUCAGUUCAAGUUGACGUUGCUAGAUCUGAGAAUGCGGUGCAAGCAAACAUGGAGCUUGAAUUCCAGAGAAACAAGGAGAGGUUUGCUUUCCUUAAAUGGGGUUCCACUGCGUUCCAGAACAUGCUUGUUGUGCCUCCUGGCUCUGGGAUUGUGCAUCAGGUGAAUUUAGAAUAUCUUGGACGAGUUGUCUUCAACACCCAAGGUGUUCUCUACCCAGACAGUGUGGUUGGAACUGAUUCACAUACAACUAUGAUCGAUGGGUUGGGUGUUGCUGGAUGGGGAGUUGGAGGCAUUGAAGCUGAGGCAACAAUGCUGGGCCAGCCCAUGAGUAUGGUAUUGCCCGGUGUUGUUGGAUUCAAACUGUCCGGGAAAAUGCGAAAUGGUGUUACAGCUACUGAUUUGGUUCUAACAGUGACUCAAAUGCUGAGAAAGCACGGCGUUGUUGGAAAGUUUGUUGAGUUUUAUGGUGAUGGUAUGAGUGGGCUGUCCCUAGCUGACAGGGCCACAAUUGCCAAUAUGUCUCCUGAAUAUGGUGCAACCAUGGGCUUCUUCCCUGUGGAUCAUGUUACUCUGCAGUAUCUCAAAUUGACUGGAAGAAGCGAUGAGACGGUGGCCAUGAUUGAAGCAUAUCUUCGGGCAAACAAUAUGUUCGUUGACUACAAUGAGCCUCAGCAAGAUCGGGCUUAUUCGUCAUAUCUAGAACUGAACCUGGACAAUGUUGAACCUUGCAUUUCUGGACCAAAGCGGCCACAUGACCGUGUUACUUUGAAGGAUAUGAAAGCUGACUGGAAUUCAUGUCUCGACAGUAAAGUUGGGUUCAAGGGUUUUGCAAUCCCUAAAGAGGCACAAGAAAAAGUGGCAAACUUUUCGUUCGAUGGAAAACCAGCGGAGAUUAAACACGGAAGUGUGGUGAUUGCUGCGAUCACAAGCUGUACUAAUACAUCAAACCCCAGUGUCAUGCUUGGUGCUGGUCUUGUUGCGAAAAAGGCUUGUGACCUUGGCCUACAGGUUAAGCCUUGGAUAAAGACAAGUCUUGCGCCAGGCUCAGGAGUUGUUACAAAAUACUUAUUAAAGAGGCAUGUCAAUAGUGUUUUCACUGGACUGCAAGAAUAUCUGAACCAGCAGGGAUUCAAUAUUGUCGGAUACGGCUGCACUACAUGCAUUGGUAACUCUGGAGAAAUUAAUGAAUCAGUGGGAGCUGCAAUCACAGAAAAUGACAUUGUGGCGGCUGCUGUGCUUUCUGGAAACAGGAACUUUGAGGGUCGUGUUCAUCCACUAACUAGAGCCAACUACCUUGCAUCUCCUCCUUUGGUGGUUGCCUACGCUCUUACUGGAACGGUUAACAUUGACUUUGAAACAGAGCCUAUUGGCACUGGAAAGAAUGGCAAGGACGUCUUCCUAAGGGAUAUCUGGCCAACCACGGAAGAAAUUGCAGAGGUUGUUCAAUCCAGUGUUUUGCCUGACAUGUUCCGAGCAACGUACGAGUCGAUCACAAAGGGUAACCCGAUGUGGAACGAGCUCUCUGUUCCUGAAAACACCCUCUACUCAUGGGAUCCCAAGUCAACUUACAUUCACGAGCCACCAUACUUCAAGGACAUGACAAUGGAUCCUCCAGGUCCACACAGUGUGAAAGACGCUUACUGUUUACUCAACUUUGGGGACAGUAUCACUACUGAUCACAUCUCUCCAGCUGGGAACAUCCAAAAGGACAGCCCCGCUGCAAAGUAUCUCCUCGAGCGUGGCGUUGAACGCAAGGACUUUAACUCAUAUGGAAGCCGACGAGGGAACGACGAAAUAAUGGCGAGAGGCACUUUUGCUAAUAUCCGAAUCGUUAACAAGCUCUUAAAUGGUGAAGUUGGCCCUAAGACUGUUCACAUUCCUUCUGGAGAGAAGCUCUCAGUCUUCGACGCAGCCAUGAGGUACAAGACAUCUGGUGAAGACACAAUUAUUCUUGCUGGAGCUGAGUAUGGAAGUGGUAGCUCACGUGAUUGGGCUGCUAAGGGGCCUAUGCUACAGGGCGUUAAAGCAGUGAUUGCAAAGAGUUUUGAGAGGAUUCACAGAAGCAACUUGGUGGGAAUGGGAAUCAUCCCAUUGUGCUUUAAGUCCGGGGAAGACGCAGAUACGCUUGGACUUACGGGCCACGAGCGCUACACGAUCCAUCUCCCGACCGAUAUCUCGGAGAUAAGACCAGGCCAAGAUGUUACCGUCACAACCGACAACGGAAAGUCUUUCACUUGCACAGUUCGGUUUGACACUGAGGUGGAAUUGGCAUACUUCAACCAUGGAGGUAUACUUCCAUAUGUUAUCAGAAACUUGAGCAAGCAAUAGUGUGAGGAUGAAAGGAAGUGUGACAAAAUCUUUUAAUAAAAGAUACGAGGAGGUUUUACGAAUUUCUGUUUAAAAAAUGUCAAUUUUAUUAAAGGCAGAUAAGUCUGUCGAGGAUAGGUGAACAGAUGAGUGGUGAUGAUCUCCUGCAAUAUGAAAUCUUUUCUUUUCUACUGUUUCAGUGGCUAAUUAUUAUUACUCGUUUGGCUCCCAAAUUUGUGAACUAGAUAUUUUAAAUUUUGGUAAGAAAAAUAAAAUAAAAAAUGAAUCACGUUAAAACAGAUUCCCA